UCGAAACUUAAAAAUGCAUCCAUACUUUAAAAAACCUCUAGCUUGUGCAGUUGUGUUGCUAUUUAUAUUUAAGUUUAAACUGCUAUUUUUCCCAACAACAAAACCUCCGCACUCUUCUGAAUCCAAAACUCAAUCGAAGAACUCAAUUUUUGUUCUCAAAAUAAUCCUUAACCUAAUAUUUUUCUUUCUUAUUUACAAACCCUAAUCAAUAUUUAUUCUUUGAAAAAAACCCUAAUUUGAUUGAACCAUUGAAAGGUGAGUUUUCAGCUGAUCGUUUUUUUUUUCUCUCUCUCUCUCUCUCUCUCUCUCUUACUCACCUGUUCAAUUUCACCUCUUUUUCAUUGCAACGAUUUCAUUAUCAUCCAAAUCUACUUUAAUUGUUUAAAUUUAUCUAGUUCUAGUUGAAUUUGAUGAUAAAAAACUUGGAUUUUUGAGCAAAUAGGGUUUAGAAAGGGUUUAAGAUUGAGAUUUUAAUUUUUUAGGGUUUCUUGUGAUGAACUUAUUGAUAAAUCGAGAAAUGGAUGACUUAGAGAAAGCGAUUCUGAUUAGUUUUGAUGAAUCUGGGACUAUUAAUUCAGGUUUAAAGUCUCAAGCAAUUGAAUAUUGUCAACGGAUUAAAGAGAGUUCGACGAUUUGUAGUUUAUGUAUUGAGCGUUUGUUUACCAGUAAAUUAGUGCAAGUUCAAUUCUGGUGCUUGCAAUCUUUGCACGAUGCUGUUCAUGCUCGUUAUUCCACUUCCAUGAGCCCUGAGGAAAAGGAAUUUAUCCGAAAAUCGGUGUUUACAAUGAUGUGUUAUGAGGUAGUUGACGAUAAAAAUGCUGUAGUUAGGGUUUUAGAUAGCCCUGCUUUUAUAAAGAAUAAGCUUGCCCAAGUGUUGGUUACCUUGAUAUAUUUUGAAUAUCCCUUAAUUUGGUCUGGUGUUUUUGUUGAUUUCUUGCCUCACUUGAACAAAGGGGCAGUGGUUAUUGAUAUGUUUUGUAGAUUAUUGAUUGCUUUAGAUGAUGAAUUGAUUAGUUUAGACUAUCCACGCAAUGCCGAUGAUGUGGCAGUUGCGGGGCGAAUCAAGGAUGCCAUGAGGCAACAAUGUGUGUCUUUAAUAGUUAGAGCUUGGUAUGAAAUUGUUACUGCAUAUAAGAGUUCGGAUUCUGAGCUUUGUGCUAGUGUCUUGGAUUCAAUGAGGAGAUAUAUAUCUUGGAUCGACAUUAGUUUGAUUGCCAAUGCUACUUUUAUCCCAUUGUUGUUUGAGUUAAUGUUGGUUGAAGGGUUAUCUGAGCAACUUAGGAGUUCUGCGGCUGGUUGUGUAUUGGCUGUGGUUAUGAAGCGGAUGGAUCCACAGGCCAAGCUUACUUUACUAAAGAGUUUGCAGAUUAACCGUGUAUUUAGUUUGAUAAGUGAGGAUGCUGAUAUGGAUUUGGUCUCGAGUAUUGCCAAUUUGCUUACUGGUUAUGCGGCCGAGGUCCUGGAAUGUGCAAAGAGGCUGAAUUCUGAGGAAGGUAAACAGGUAUCGUCAGAGCUUUUGGAAGAGGUGUUGCCAUCAGUUUUUUAUGUGAUGCGAAAUUGUGAUAUAGAUACAACAUUUAGUACCGUCCAGUUUCUUUCUGGUUAUGUAGCUACUAUGAAGAAUCUUUCUCCAUUGACUGAAAAACAGCUGGUUCAUGUAAGUCAGAUUCUAGAAGUGAUUAGGGCACAAAUAUGUUAUGAUCCUAGUGAUCGUGAUCACCUUGAUGUGCUGGAUAAAUUUGGAAUAGAAGAAGAGGACAGGAUGCUUGAAUAUAGAAAGGAUUUAUUGGUUCUACUCCGGAAUGUUGGGCGUGUGGCACCUGAUGUGACUCAAUUGUUUAUCCGCAAUUCUCUGUAUAGUGCAGUUUCCUCAUCUUCUGAGCGAAAUGUAGAGGAGGUAGAAGCUUCCCUUUCGCUUCUGUAUGCACUUGGGGAGUCACUGAGUGAUGAUGCAAUGAGAACAGGGAGUGGGCAUCUAGGAGAGCUGCUUCUGAUGCUUUUAUCAACAAGGUUUCCGUGCCAUUCUAAUAGGUUGGUUGCUCUGACUUACCUGGAGACUAUUACUAGGUACAUGAAGUUUGUUCAGGAGAACACCCGGUACAUACACAUGGCCCUGGCUGCUUUUCUCGACGAAAGAGGUAUACACCACCCAAAUAUCAAUGUGAGUCGGAGGGCAAGUUAUCUCUUUAUGAGGGUCGUGAGGUUGCUGAAAUCAAAGCUGGUUCCUUUUAUUGAGACAAUUUUACAGAGCUUGCAAGAUGUGGUUGCUCGAUUUACCAGCACAGAUUUUUCUGCUAAAGAGAUGAUUGGAUCUGAAGAUGGAAGCCACAUUUUUGAGGCAAUUGGCAUUCUGAUUGGGAUGGAAGAUGUGCCCGUCGAGAAGCAAAAUGAUUACCUGUCCUCAUUACUCACACCUCUAUGCCAGCAGGUUGAGGCGUUGCUUGUGAAUGGGAAGAGACAAAACCCUGAAAGUUCUCCUGCGAUUAUAUUGAGCAUUCAGCAAAUCAUUAUGGCAAUCAAUGCACUUAGCAAGGGCUUUAGUGAACGCCUUGUAACUGCUAGCCGUCCUGCAAUAGGUCUUAUGUUUAAGCAGACAUUAGAUGUUUUACUUCAAAUCCUCGUUGUUUUCCCAAAAGUGGAGUCCUUGCGGAGUAAGGUCACAUCAUUUAUUCAUCGCAUGGUUGAAACAUUGGGUGUUUCCGUGUUUCCCUACUUACCGAAGGCAUUGGAGCCGCUGCUUGCAGAAAUUGAGCCGAAGGAGUUGGUUGGAGUUCUUGUUUUACUAAAUCAGCUCAUAUGCAAAUUCAGCACCUCAGUUCAUGAAAUACUCGAUGAAGUAUUUCCUGCUAUUGUGAGUCGUAUAUUUUCUAUUCUUCCGCAAGAUGGAUUUCCUUGUGGACCAGGGAGCAAUACUGAGGAAGUUCGUGAAUUGCAGGAACUCCAGCGAAUAUUGUACACAUUUCUGAAUGUCAUAGCCACACAUGAUCUGUCUUCAGUUUUCCUCUCUCUGAAAAGCAGAGCUUAUUUAGAUCCAAUAAUCCAGUUACUAAUGUAUUCAUCUUGUCACAAUAAGGAUAUUACUGUGAGGAAGGCAUGUGUACAGAUUUUUGUCCGAUUAAUCAAAGAUUGGUGUGCUGGUCCUUAUGGAGAAGAGAAGGUUCCUGGAUUUCAGUCUUUUAUAAUGGAAACCUUUGCGGUGAAUUGUUGCCUGUACAGCGUAUUGGACAAGUCUUUUGAGUUUCGUGAUGCAAAUUCAUUCCUCCGUAUUCAAAUGGUUGCUAUGUUUCUCUGACACAAAAUAAGAAAUGAAAAUUUGGAAUUGCCAUGUGGUUAAGUGAGGAGGUGAUCUUCAUUUCAAUUCAAAUGUUAAGAGAAAGAGGGGGUUCUACACCCAAAGGUACACAAUUAGGAAAUGUUGCAGCUUGCAACUUUUGAGAAAUUUUCCAAAUACUUGGAGUAGCUUUCCCUCUGCCCUUCCAGUUGAAGUCAUAAGGUAAGCAAGCCUCUCUAGUGAGAGUUCAACAAUAGCUACCAAUAGAUAGAAUAUGUUUCAACUAUCAAAAUGCAUGGCAUCCGAGGAAGUACAUUUCAACUUCAUUUGUAAUUUGCUUUUGGCAAACUAGGCUGGACAAUAAUAGGACUAUGCUUUUGAGCCAUCUGCUUUGUAUUUGAGGCCAGAUUGGAUGGGGAAUUUGAUUGGGCCCUUGCCUGUUUAUUAUUAUUAGAGGAAGUAAUUCAUUGGUUGUCUUUUCAAGGGAUACUUGUAAUAAUUUUUGCUUUUGCUUUGGUAUAAAAGAGUGUCACAAUUUUAAGCUCUGAUGUGUAUAUUCCAGCAUUAUAUUUUGUUCUACUCCUGAAAUAUCUUUCAAGAUUUUUUGCUUUAGGUUUUCAGCCUUUUUGUACAUUUAGGAAUAACAGUGUUUUGUUUUGGGAGGUUAACUGAAGAUUAACAAUACUUAUGUUGUAAAUGACCAUCAACCUGUAACUUUCAUAAUGUUUCAGGGCAGAUCUAGUUUAUUAAAUCUUUAGAUAAUCAUUGGGAAAGCUGCCACAAAGUUCUGUGAAGCUUGAAGGGCUUGUCUGGAGACCAGAUUAUUGUUAGUUUCAGAUAGUGUAAUGUGCAUGCUUUCCUUCCUCUCUUCUCAAUGAGGGAUGCAGAUGUAGGAAGAGAAGUUUUAUCACAAAGAUAUAAGAGAAUUUCAGUAGUACAUAUAAUUCAUUGGCUUUUCAGGAAAGUUGUUAAAUAAUGUGGUAUCUGAAAAGAAUACAUGUUUUUGUAGAAAACACUCAAUGUCUAUAUUUUCACGCAUCCAUUUACCAUUUAAGUAAACAAUAAGUGGCAUCAGGCAGGAAUGAAAAAUAUGAAAGAAAAUUCGUGAAUGAAAUGAAGUUUCCUACCAUGUCCAUUGGGAUGUGACUUUACUUCCAACAUUACACAACAAAAUGUUUCCAUUACCACCGUUUAUGGAUAGCUACCAAACAGGUCACAUAGUAAAUCCAUAGAACUUGAAAACUUGGUGCUUCUAAUCAAAUGAUCAAACGUAUGAGUUUUGUGCAGCUUGUAUUCCUAAUACUUGCCGUCUCAUUCAUU